CAAGACGAGCCGAGACGAAUUUCGCGGUAGUUUUGACCCGCUUCAGCUUCCGUUCUGCGGGCUCUCGGCCUCUGCUACCAUGGCAGAGUACGCUUCAGUCAAAUCCACCAAGCUGGUGCUGAAGGGCACAAAGGCCAAAAGUAAGAAGAAGAAGAACAAAGAGAAGAAGAGGAGAAGGGAGGAGGAUGAAGAAAGCCAGCUCGACUGUGUCGGGAACUGGUGGGCUGUCCGAAAUUUUGGAGAAAUUUCUGGAACCAUAGCAAUUGAAAUGGAUAAAGGAACCUACGUCCAUGCCCUCGACAAUGGCCUCUUCACCCUUGGAGCACCCCAUAAAGAAGAUGACGAGGGCCCCAGUCCUCCCGAGCAACUCACAGCGGUCAAGCUCUCUGAUUCCAGAAUUGCACUCAAGUCUGGCUACGGAAAGUAUCUUGGAAUAAAUUCAGAUGGCCUUGUGGUGGGGCGAUCCGAUGCCAUAGGACCCCGGGAGCAGUGGGAGCCGGUCUUUCAGGAUGGGAAGAUGGCUUUGCUGGCUUCAAAUAGCUGCUUUAUUAGAUGCAAUGAAGGUGGAGAUAUAGAAGCCAAGAGCAAAACUGCAGGAGAAGAAGAAAUGAUCAAGAUUCGUUCUUGCGCGGAAAGAGAAACCAAGAAAAAAGAUGACAUUCCCGAAGAAGACAAAGGAAACGUGAAGCAGUGCGAAAUCAACUAUGUGAAGAAAUUCCAAAGCUUCCAAGACCACAAACUGAAAAUCAGCAAAGAAGACAGCAAAGCCCUUAAGAAGGCCCGCAAAGAUGGGCUUUUCCACGAGACACUGCUGGACAGGAGAGUCAAAUUGAAAGCUGACAGAUACUGCAAAUGAGGAAGAUAUGAUUAGCCGGCCCGUUCUCAUUGUUGUUGUUAUUCCAGAAUAAAAUGCUCCACAGAUGUGAUUCUUUGUUUUAAAAAAAAAAAAUUUUUGUUGUUUCCUUGAUGUUGGUGAGGGAGGCCCACAUGAGACAAGAGGUGGUCCGGUGUCCUGCCUCCUUGGGGCUCCGUGCUGGCAGGGAGUUUGGCUGGAUGAAGUGCUUCAGACCAAGAGGAGCCCUCACACAUCACCUGGAGUCUGCCUUUUGGGUGGGACCGGCAUCUCCCCGGGCCCCAAAGCUCUCCCUGGACCCAAGGUUAUAAUGCGGUAGCGUGGCCCGGAUGGCAGAGAACCUCUAGUGAAACUUGAUUGCAAAGCCUAUCAGAGAGAAACUGAACCUGGAUCACAGAAGGUCCUUGCUGAAAGCCUACAUGGCUCAAAUGAACAGGACUGCCAGGCCUUGGGUGGGUGGGCACCUUGGCCAAUGGGCAGCUGUGGCAGAGAAGAGGCAUCUAGGACCAGAGCAUGAGUAGCGGCGCCCUCUUGGCACCAGAGGGGAGCCGUGCUGUUCACAAAGCUCCCAAACCUUGGUGACUGCAGCUCCUAGGAAAGGAAGCGUCAAGAAUGGCUCCCUGUGUUACAGACGAGGGAAGAGGCCACUUGGCACCUGCAUGUGCUACCCACCCACCUAAUAAAUGUUUCCUUUGGAUUGA